GCUCUCUCAAUAUAUAUAGGCCAAUUGACGAGUCCGUUCCUUCGUAGCUACCCCCACUUUGGCUAAUCCCCACGCACAUCCACACAUACCCAGUUGUCAUACGGAGGAACACGAAAAUUGUCCAAAAAUUCAAGUGUUAAAAGUGUGACUUCAAAGGUGAGGUGAUAAUUGUCAACGCUUGAUUUUGACUUUCGUUAAUUUCUGUGGGAGGAUCAAAAUAAUAAUGUCGCUGUGGCGUUUAUCGCCACCAGCUAAACUUCUCGGGUCAUUGACGAGAGUGUCACGGAGUACUCCGUGUGUGUCUUAUCACGCAAAUGUGUUGGAUCAUUAUGAAAAUCCAAGAAACGUUGGAGCCCUGGACAAGAAUGACAAGCAAGUCGGAACUGGACUUGUUGGAGCACCGGCAUGUGGCGAUGUUAUGAAACUGCAGAUCAAAGUUGAUGAGAAUGGAAAAAUUAUUGAUGCCAAGUUCAAGACAUUUGGAUGUGGUUCGGCUAUUGCAUCUAGCUCCCUUGCUACGGAAUGGGUGAAAGGGAAAACUGUUGAUGAAGCUCUGAAACUAAAGAACACGGACAUUGCCAAGGAACUUUGCCUCCCGCCUGUCAAGCUACACUGUUCGAUGCUUGCUGAGGAUGCAAUAAAGGCAGCGCUUUCCGACUAUCGAAUAAAACAGCAGGAGAAGAAAGAUACAAAAUAAAGUCAGAAAACUCAAUCUAGUACGAGAAUAACACUAAAAGUUUUGCGAGUUAUAUAUUCCAGAAAUUAUAGAAUAUGUACACGCCCAUAUUUUAUUCUGUAUAAAGGCGAUUAAAUUCUAUCAACAAGAAA